AUUCUUCUAAAAGAACACAAAGAAUGGCCUUCUCAGCUGCCAUAGCAGCAACUCUUGCUUCAUCAGAACAGCGUGUUCAACACACCACCGUUUCCGUUUAAAACACGUUUUGCACCGUUUUUGUCGGGGCUGAACCGCUGAACGCAGCCCUGGUAGUCUGGUCAUUUGGGCGGAGUCUAGUUUGUCAGCAUCACCUGACGACUGUAAAAGUCAUAUGACAGUCAGAGAAAGGGAAGCUUAAACCGCAGGGUCGCAGGGGUCUUCAAGUCUUGUGUACGGGUCCAUGUCCAUCAGACUGUGAAAUGUCUUCUCUGCGUGUCUUCUUCUGUCUUCUGUCCGUCUCUGUGCUUGUGGCGAGCGGCAUGUAUGAUCCAGAUGAGGUGCUGGAUCUGCCGGGCAUGUCUUUUAAACCCAAUUACCGCCAGUGGUCAGGAUAUCUGAAGGCCAGUUCUGGCAAGUUUUUGCAUUAUUGGUUUGUGACGUCUCAGAGGGACCCGCUCAAGGACCCAGUCGUGCUGUGGCUGAACGGAGGGCCAGGCUGCAGCUCUUUGGAUGGGUUUCUGUCAGAGAAUGGCCCCUUUCAUGUUAAUGAUAAUGGAGCCACACUUUAUGAGAACGAAUUCAGCUGGAAUAAAAUCGCCAAUGUUCUUUAUCUUGAGUCGCCUGCUGGAGUGGGUUAUUCCUACUCCGAUGACCAAAAAUAUCAAACCGAUGAUGAUGAGGUGGCAAAUAACAACUACCUGGCUUUGCAAAGCUUUUUCAUCAAAUUCCCAAAUUUCACCCAGAAUGAGUUUUUCAUUUUUGGUGAGAGUUAUGGAGGCAUCUACGCACCCACACUCAUUCUGAGAGUUGCCACUGGAGGUCAGCUUAAAGUGAACUUUAAGGGCUUUGCUGUGGGAAAUGGCAUUAGUAGCUUUGCACUAAAUGACCAAUCGCUAAUCUACUUUGGCAACUAUCAUGGCCUGUUUGGAGAACAGCUGUGGAAGGAUCUGAAUGACAACUGCUGUCAAAAUGGAGUCUGUAAUUUCUACAACAAUUCUAAAGAGUCCUGCUCCGUUGUGGUAUCACAUGCGUUUAAUAUAGUCUAUAACUCUGGGUUGAAUACGUACGCGCUGUAUCUUGACUGUGCUGGUGGUGUCACAUCUCAGAGAGCCAUGAUGCAUCUGUUCAGAAACUUCAAGAAGCAUUGGGAAGCUAAUAAGUUAGUAGGAAGUACUCCAAAUGUUCAGGGAGUGCCUCCAUGCAUCAAUAGUACCGCUCAGAUAAACUGGCUUAAUCGAGGUGAUGUGAGGAAGGCGCUGCACAUUCCUGAUGUACUACCACCAUGGGACAUCUGCAGUGAUGUUGUGGGAAGCCAGUAUCACACCAUUUACGAAACUAUGAAGGAUGUCUAUGAGAAGCUGCUGGCUUUGGGUCUGAGAGCUUUGGUCUAUAAUGGAGAUACCGAUAUGGCUUGUAAUUUCCUUGGGGACCAGUGGUUUGUUGAGCAGCUUGGACAGAAGGCAAGCACUCAAUACCAACCCUGGAUUUAUGAUAACCAGAUUGCUGGAUUCUACCAGCAAUUUGGCAACAUCACUUUCCUCACAGUCAAGGGUGCAGGUCACAUGGUUCCUCAGUGGGCUCCUGGUCCAUCUCUCCAGAUGCUACAGAGUUUCCUGUCCAAUAAGCCUUAUUGAACUUCCUCCAGACCGUGUCCUGUCUUAAAGCACUAGAUCUGAUUUUUAGAAGUGGUCUUGAAUGGACUUCAAGAAAGUGUGAUUUUAAGGAAACUGUUGAAAUGUGACAUGAAGCUGCACAGUAAUUUUCUCAGGGACUGUUGGGUGUACGUGUGUUUGCAUAUGUAUGGGAAUUUUGAAAUGCUUUUUGUUUUUUAAUUGCUUGGAUCUUUUUAAACCAAUUCUUCAUUGAACACUAGGGGUGGUUUUCACAGUCAUGUUGAUCAUAACAAAAUCACGUUAUCCCAAUUUUAUAUAUAUAUAUUAUUUUUUAUUUAAAAAAAAAAACUGUUUAGUGGAUAUCACAUGGUUUUAAAAUGCUUAUUUUGUCCUUAAAUCAUGGGUUACUGUUAAGGGAUCUGUUCAUUGAAUACGUGGUGAGAUGUACUGAGGACAAAUAUAUUUAUAGUCUUAAUUUUGUUCCUACCCUUGAUACACUCAACAUUGAAACAAAUUUAUACUGUUCUUAAUUAUUUGGAUCUAUUGUUAUAAAUGGUUUACAAUCCUAUCUGAUUGGCAAAUCCUCUAAGAAGGAUUAUAUGAAUGAGCAUAUAACAAUCCGUUUGACCAAAGAUAUUGGAAUCAGUAUAAACCAAGAAAUAAAAAAGCUGUUUUAGUGUGUUUUGUCUGUGUAUAUCUGUAUUCAUUAAGAUUAUGAUCUGACUAAUGAUAUGGCAACUCUUGAUCACAACAGCAUCAAGACGUAUUGACAUGAGAAAUGAAAAUUGACCGAUUUAAGUAAUACGUGUGGUAGAGUAUAUAUUACGGUGGCCGAGAAGUGCAAAGCAGAUCACAAUUCUGAAA